AUGAGGGAUCUCCAAUGGACUGAAAAGUAUCGGCCUGUAACGGCAGAGGGACUCUCUUUACCGGCGGAUGUUAGAGGAUUAUUAGGAGGUUUAUUACAGGGAAACGGAUCCUUGCCUAAUUUAUUACUCUACGGGCCGCCUGGGAGUGGAAAGACAAGUUUGGCGCUGAUUUUGAGUCGCGGGUUAACCAGUCGGGAGAAUACGUUGGAGUUGAAUGCUUCAAGCGAUCGAGAAAUUAGUGUGAUUAGAGGAAAGUUGAAGCAAUUUGCAAUGACACGAGCCCAUUCAGGGGAGAUGAAGGUUGUUAUUAUGGAUGAGUGCGAGUACUUGACCGUGGAUGCCCAACACUGUUUGCGACGAAUCUUAGAAGAUACACAGCGCAAUACACGAUUUAUCUUUAUUACUAACUAUGUGAAUCGCGUGAUUGAUCCAAUUAAGAGUCGGUUGGUGGCGGUGGCUGUACCGGCUGCGAGUAAGGAAGAGUGUUUGCGAGUGCUACAGGACAUUAAAGAGAAAGAAGGACUGGGUUUAGCCGUGAAGGAUUUGGAGUAUAUAAUUGAAGUGAGUGGUGGGGACAUGCGGCGAGCGAUUACUUUGUUGCAAACAGUGGGGAUGGCCCGAGUAGAGACAGGGAGUUACCGAGCACUGAUUAGGGAGUUGGCCGGAGUAGUGCCUAGCGAAAUGGUUGAUCAUGCCUUUCAAGUGCGAAAUGUUAAGGACAUUAUCGCUGUAACUGAACAGCUGGAGAGAUCGGGUUACUCGGCCUUGAGUUUAGUGCAGGCCUUUGCCCAACGGGCUUUGUUGCUACCUGAAAAGCGCCGGGAAGUACUAGAACUAUUCCAAAGCCUAGCAGGACUAGAAGAGAAUAUCAUUCGGGGUGGUUUUGAUUGGAUCCAGAUCGCAGCAGCGUUGGCGCAAGUAGCACAAAUGAAUGCUGCUCUCUUAUAA